AUGGCCAUUAAUGGCGAGACCGGUGAGUUGGAAGUUGUACCGGGCGAAACAGUGGGCCGCGACAGAACCGAGGGCUUCACAGUGACCUGCACCAUCACAGCCCAGCAGACAGCCGAGCUCGCGGCUUCGGCGACGCUUACAGUUCAGGUGGAUCAGGGCGUCUCGUAUGGAGCCGACCCGCUGGUUUUCGAAGUCGUUGGCGGAGCGAGGUAUGUACCCACAGUCCAGCAAGCAGUUGGCAACGUCUGGACUUUUGAUACGCUUCAGUGCAAUCCUUCAGAUGCAACCUCCAUGCUUCGCUUGGCUCAAGACGGGACGCUGAGUUGGCAAGCGGCCCAAAACGGUGGAGUUUCGGAUCUCGGGACGCUUGCAACCAGUGACGGCGGUAUUUGUAGUGCUCGUGCGGUGCCAAGCGUAGGAAGCUUGGAAACUGUUCGCUCCCGGUUUGUGGCAGUGAAACCGAAAGUAUGGACAUCCUUCAGCUAUGUAGCCAGCUGGGAAGUUACAGUCGGACAAACUGCUCCUACAGCCAGGCCCACAGAACCCACCCAGGCUCCACGACUGCUGCCGCCUUCAUCCUACACAGGAAAGUGCAGCGACGGUGUUACUUUGGAUGUCGUCACAGGCCAGGCAACUUACCAGGGCUAUCACGUCUUCGACAUGGACUUGACGAGCGGCUCUGUGCGGUUAGCCCCUGAAGAAGCACUGGCAAGUACCUUUGUGGCGACAAGUGGCAGAGGAAAGCUGAUGUUCAGCUGUGAGAUCUUUGCCCUCUACCAGUAUCCCCCGUUCGGGGCGGGGCCAUUCCGUCGGACCGUGGUGGACAUUACUGUGCAGGACGACACUUGCUGGCCUGAAGCCGAGCCCAAGCCCAAGUUUGCGAGCUACGUAUCGCUGCAGAAAAACAGCGAUUCUGCGUGCCGAUGGGCAUGCCGGAGCGACAAGACUUGUGCCUACUAUUCCUAUUCCGCUUCUCGGGGGUGCAGGAAGUGGACAAAACUCUGCACCUUCGAUAGCCCCGGGUGCGAAGAGCCAGUCGAUGAGACUUAUGCCAGGGUAUCCGAUUGCUCGGAGCGGAAAACCUGCAUCCGGAUCACAACCCGGGAGAAGAACUAUUUGAAUGGGCGCUACUGCUACUUCGGGGAGAAUCGCUAUCCAGGCGGCUUGGUCUUCCUGAAGGAAGGCAUCACAAGCUACGAGAGCUUUUGGCUCCACCGCAAAGAAGGAGCUAACGGGAACUGGGUUCUCCAGCGACCAGGACCAGGCGACUACCAAAACGCCUCUGCGGCCUACAUGGCGUUCGGAGGUGAAGUGGUGGCCGAUACCGGCUCGGAGGGUGACAUCAUCAACGAAGCUUUCGCGGACGGCAGGAAAACGGUCUUUUUCAGCCUCGGAAGCAGAUUUUUGGUUGCCUAUCUCGAAGUGGAGACACUCCACUGUGACUCUCCGAACAUGACUUUCGCGGACGACAGGGUUACUGCUAUAGAGGAAGGGGUGCAGACGCUUGUGGUGGAUGACCCAUCCACCGAGACGAUCAACGACUUUUGGCUGCAUCCUUGCAAUUGUGCUCCGCCUGCCUGGGGGCAGAACUUGCCUGUGACAAGCGAGUCCUUUUCAGCAAUCCCGGCAGGCAGCCAGAAUAGGUUCAGGCCGCCGCCCUUUCCCGUCGUCACAGGUGAGCUUUCGUGCGAACUUUCGGCACUCAUAAACAUCAUUUACGAGACAGAGGUGCAAGCUGUGGAUGCAGAGGAAUGUCAAAGCCAGUGUUCACAGACUCAAGCAUGCAAGUACUUCCUCGCUGGUGAAGUUCUCAAUGCCAAGCAGUGCCGGUUGUUCAGCCAGUGCACAGAACUCUGGCGUGAGAUUGGUUUGUCAGGCACUCUUUAUUCCUUCCCUAAGAAUGUUGAAGUUUGCGCCAUUUCUGACCCGGUGCUCUGUUGGCAUACCACCAAGCGUCGCCAGAGUCUGCGUGCUUAUUAUGACACUGCCUCCACGCAGUCCCUGAUGAGAGCGCCAUGCUUGGAUCAGACUCUCUUCGAGAGGUGCGACGAUUUCCUCUUCGUUGGCGGCCUGGGAGUCGAAGAGUGCUCGCCAUGCAGGUAUAUGGAUUCAACACAGGCUGGGCUUGACAACAUACUCAGCAAGAGACUCUUGCCGAAGCGCUUUGACCAUGGCACGAUGCUGAAGGUGAGCUGUUGGGGUGAGAGGUAUACUUCCUUAGCCGACAAACGCCCGACCUCUGGCUUCGCUCUGACCUGUGCCACUGGAAGCUGGUUUGCCGCGAGCGGCUCGAAAGGCCUUGCAAACUUCCAGUGCAGCGCCUACAUCCAGGUGGUGAACAGCUACUAUAAAGACUUGGACGUGCGAAACUGGCAGGAGUUGUUCUUCUACCGAUGGUUUGCAACCGGAAUUUCUCUCGAGCGGAAACAUGGCUCUUCCGAGAGUCUCGGAGACUUUUACGUACAGCCGGAUGCGGACGGAGCGCCCGUGGAGCGAAAAUUCCGAGAUGUGAGAACCGGUCGUUGCUUGAGCACCACAGGUGGGAACUUGAACUCCGAAUCCUGCAUCAACUCUGCGGAGCAGCUCAUGGAUGGUACUACGGUGGCUACCCAGUACUAUCAGAGAUACAAGCGUGACAAUGACAAGGAGGUGCGCAGAACCACGGCGCGAGGUCUUGGAAGUCUCUUGGACCUCGAGGGCGACAUCAACUGCGACGAAGGGAAUGUGGCAGGUCUCGUCCUGAGCAAGAUCAGCUUCAGCCAGGGCCUGAUCGUCGGAAACUGCGUGGUCGGAGCCGUCGAUGCCGACUCCAAAACGGCCCCGAAGACCGUGGAUCUGAGCUUCCAGAUCCAGAACAGUCUCUACAAGAAGUGCUUGGUCAUAGGUCCUUGUGGCGCCGGUGUUGACAUUGCAGUUCCUUGCAUCCAGAGCGGGCUCCAGGCCUGCGAUGGAGGUCCAGCUCAGUCCUUUGUUCGGGGGCCACUCGUCGAAUCCGAUGCGCCUUCUUAUCGGGAAAUGUACAAGCUGCGGAACGGCGGGAAGAACGUGGAGCUUGCAUUUCAGCUCAUUGACUACAGUACAGUAGCAUGGCAGCUGCCCGACAGCGGCCUGUACGAGAACCGCUUUGCGAUCAAGGAGGAAAAAAGAGUUGGCAGCUCUGUGCAAGCGAACUACGUGUCUCUUGAGGCCAUCAAAGGCGGAGGAGACAUCCGCGGUCAGCGAGAGUUCUUCCCAUAUUUCAACUCCAAACCGGCCAACUCGGGUGACUCUUUUGUGUGGACGAUGUCUACGACACUGUCAGACACAGAAUUCGAACUGGAUUGCGGAGCUGGUUUCGUGCUCCAACAGUUCUUGAAGCUCCAAGUUCAGGUUCGAUACUCUUGUGUUCGCCUGGCGAGCCUCGGUGCUUGCGCUGAGCAAACCUCCGUUCAACAGAUCAUUGGCAACACUGCUGCCCGGAUUGACAUGGAUUGCGGCAGUGAUCGUAGCAUUCAAGCGAUCUUCGGAGAGUACGAUGCUGCUGGAAAGUGGGCUCGCUUCCGCUUUCGUUGCUGUCAAAUCGCGGCCAACCCGAUCCUUUUUCGGAGAACCUCUGACGGUUGGGUCGAUUCGGAGCUCAGAGAUGGGGAGCUCGGCAUCUAUGCACCGGUUGGAAUUGAUGACUUUGGCCGACCACAGUUUGACAUGGAGCUGAGCUUCUGCAAGUCCUGCGGCUUUCGAACGACCUACUCGUUCGAGCAUAAUGCUGACAAGGGUGAGUGGUGCGCUUCUCGAAGGAGGUCUGCAUCUACCUGUGUCUCCAGCGACUUGGUCCAUCCGCUGGAUGAACAGCUCGGCGGAGACAGCUGGCAGGCCGUCCCGGUAGACAGCUUCGAUGCAAGCUCUCAAGGUGGCGGAGGAGCACGCCUUCCCAGAAGGUACACAGCGAAGCGGGCUCCACCACAAUUGCGCUUCGAGUCGGAGGACCCACAGUUUGCACCCGAAUGCAAAGACGAGAGCACUCCCGGCACUGCCACAUUUUCACAAGAAGAGAUGAACCAGGUAGCAGAGGAGCUGACAACAUCCAACCCUGAUAACCCUUGUGCAAAUAUCUUCAGCACGCCAAAGACGAAGAAGCAAAGCACCGGAACAGAGUUCUUGGAUAAGACCAUCGCGGGAUUGCAAGCCCGACCCGACGUCUCGACAUUCUUCCCUCAAGAGAACGACAUAGAGGAGGAGGGACAGGGCAGCUCCUGGUAUGAGUGGAAUCUUAAAGACGUGGACCAGCCUGGAGAGAGUGGCAUUACUUACAAGAACACCAAGGGAUGCGACGAUCGCCAGGGUGAGCGUGAUAAAGUCGUGGAAGCAUGGGAGGAGGAACACGAGAGGAGAGCUGCAUACUCCACCCUCGUGGCGGAGAAUCUCAUUCCAUGGUUGGAAGCAAAUCCGCGUGUCCAGGUAUCCUUUUUUGGCAACGGCUUUGAGAUCCCCGUGGGUGAGAUCCUCACGAUUCCUGUCAAGGUCGGCCAGGCUCUCUUCGACUUCAAUGAAGAGCUGCACAAGUCGGCGGAGGAAGUGAUCGCUGCGAAUGCCAAUGACAACGAUUGCAGCUCACUGGCGCACGGAAUGGCCCGCAUGUUCUGCGACUUGCACUGUAUCCGCGACGUUGUGCAGAAGGGAGAUGCAGCCAUCCUGUCAAGUUUGCAGACUGGCGUCAAGACCAUCCAGCAGGAAAUGCGUGAUCUUUUUGAGUUCUACUUCUCGGACACUGGCUCGGGAACGUCAGCAAACCUCCUUCAGCAGACGCAGGACAUCCGCGCAGGCAUUGCCAGGAAUCUGGCAGACAUGCAGUCCAUGGUGCGUUCGGAUUUGCAGCCGGUGGCGCUCACAGCGAUGCACCGGGCUCUUUCAGCCCGCUCCCGCAAGGAUGCACUGAAGAGCUCAUCAAACCUGACGUCGGCCAUGCAUGCUGCUUCGAAGGAGAUUUCGGCGUUGCACGCGACGAUGCGGGCCGCGACCUCCAAGCAGCUGUCGACGUCUGCGGCAAUUGAGCGCAGGGCCGCUGCCUACGCCCGGGACAUGAACAGGGUCCUGCGGACCGAGACGCACACUCUGGGAGUCUAUCUCCGGGCUUCCUCGAACAGUCGGCUCUGGCAACGGCGACUAUCAGAAUUUGGCGUAUCUGGCUUGCAGGAAGAUGUCCGUCGCCUCUCUUUAAGUUCUGCUCUCCGCGCACUCGACACGCUCUGGUGGACGCUGCGAAGCAGCAUUGACCGGUACUUGGACUCGUACGAGAAGUACUUGAGGUCCUUCCAGCAGGCUGUGCAGCUGCUAGAGACGUACACGCAAUGCAAGGCCAGCUUCCAGGACCUUCGCUGGGCCUACACCAGCGUCCGGCGGAGCCGGGCAGCCGAGCAAGGCAUCUUGCAGGAGGCCUGGGCCACGGCAGAGUCCACUUUGGGGCUCAUUGCUGCCCAGAUCUCCGACACCCAGCUGCUUGCAGAGCUCGCAACCAAUGAUGCACACCAACUCCUGGACUCGCUGGUACGAGAUAGCCAAGGUCAUGAAAGUCAGUUGUGCCAAGGGAGUGAGGCCUUUCUCGAUGCAGCACAGGAAGGGCUCGCUAACGGCUUCUUCGGGCAAACGGUGAAGCAGUUGGGAACGGCUUUUGUGGAGAUGGCACACCUGCACCAAAGGUUUGCCUCUGCGCAGUCGGAGGGCUUUGGGGCAGUGCUGAAAGAGGCCCAGCAGCGAGUUUCCGGGGCCGUGGCGGCCGUGUCCGUGAACGAAACGGUGCAGCAGCUUUGGACCAAGUGGAAGAUCUCGAACUGUGCCCUGCUUCAGACCGGGGCCUACAGCACUUCCGACUGGGGCAGACGCUAUGGCUACGGGAAGAGAUAUUAUGGCUACCACCCCUCCCCCCCACCACCAUCACCCGAGCCAGAAUGGGCCAAAAGGCUCGAGGCGCAGCAUGGAAAGCUAAUGGAGAACCAGGUCGUCUUCCACAACGAGUCCACGGGGAAUGAGGAGAACAUCCAAGAGGGCGUGGAUAAUCUACAGGUUGCACUGGUCAUUCCGGAUCAAGACCCAUUGCCGACGCCUCCUCCCGGAGAUUGUGAUCCGGGCAUGAACUUAAGCGGACCUGUGUGCUACGAAUCGCAGACGCCCUGCCAGCUCACCAUCAGCAACGACCCGGCCCGUGCCGCUGCCCAGGGCGAAAUAAUCCCUGGUUGUCUGCUCAUGAAGAACCGGAGCCAGGAGCUCUUCCAGUUUUGCAACGACGCAAUCGAAGACAGGGAAGUCAUCGUGGCGGCCUGCAGUGCAAACCUGAGCUUCCAGGUGGCCCUUGCGGCGUUUCUGUCCGUCAACGACACUUGCCAGUUACAAGGCUGCAAUGCGGACAAUGGCAUUCAGUGUGGGGAGCCAUGGUCAGGGAACGAUGUUGAUUAUCGGGCGAUCCUGUCCACAGUGGUGCCCCCAAACGCCUGCGUGUACGUCAUGCAGCAACCUGUGUCUCCCACGCCGGGCAACGCCACGGCGAAUCUCGAAAUUUCGUCUGCAUCGUUGACAACGACGACAACGGCGAGCCCCACAACCACCACCUUGACGACAACCUCAAGCACCACUGCAUCGGCGACAACUACAUUCAGUGCGACGACCACCACCACAACGACGACCGCAACGACAACCUCAAGCACCACAGCACCAGCGACAACUACAUUCACUUCGACGACCACCACCACCACGACGACCACCACCACAACAGCGCUGUGCCGACAGUACCCUGCCUCCUGUUUGGAUCUCUUUCAGAAUGGGAGCUUGGCUGAUGGCGUGUACACCGUGAAAGUCAGAGAUUUGGAUGACAAUGUCCAAGACACGGACCUAUUCUGUGACAUGACCAACGGAGGUUGGACCCUGGUCGGCCAAAUUGCUGUCCAGAUCGCCAUCAACAACGAUUGGCUUCGUGCCUACCACAACGAAUCCCAGCUUCAAGCUCGAACCAUCACCAACAAUACGUGGGCCAGCAUUCCUGCAAUCGACAUGGCCGUGAACUGCGCAUCGGAGGUCCGGCUCAGUAACGACGAUGCCAGCAAAUCCGUGAGGUGGGAGAUGGACGCGGACCGCGAAAUCUCGACUUGGUGGAACCAGUCUGCAGGGACGGGCGUGAUCGACGCCGCACCAGGCCACCAAGUGCUUGUCCAUGACCAAAGUGGCGACAACGAGACCUGUUGGCAAAAUCGCUACGGCAUCAUGAAGCUUUCGAGUCACGGCGGAUCGUACCCCGCUGCUACCAUCAACGAUCAAGGCAACACACUUCCGGAUGAUCUCUGCUUGGCUGUUGGUGUGCUACCCCUUGGUUCCACAUCCAACGGGUUUACUCAAAAUGGGAACGGAUACGACGCUCCCACAGACAACACUGACUGGCCAAAUGCUGAACUGAAAGGUAUCCCCAGUCUAAAUGUCUGGCUGAAGUAA